GGCACUAGUUGCCAGAAAUGCUGCACAAGCUUUAAAUGGAGUGAGCUAACCUUUCAUCAGAACUAGGCGAGUAGAUUCAGAACAGAGGUGUGUAUGGAGAGGGAGAUGGGUCUAUGAUUUGGGGUUAAACAGCAGUGGUACGGGCAUCAGAUAAUGAUUAAACAUGUUAAGGAUGUGCAUGUAUAAACCUAAGUAUGUAUUGUGUGCUAACAAAACCUGUGAAAUUUAAGUUCCUGUACGUGCUUUAGAACGCGAGUAUUGAAGUUGAUUUCAACCUCACUAUUUAAUCCCGCGGUGCAAUGUUGUCCUCAGUGCAUCCAUUUCACCGGUUCUGGAUUUCAGUCCCUCUGCAGAGAGAUGAGUGCAAAAUCUGGGCCAACACGCUAAUGCAGUAAUGAAGCAGUGUUGACGGGCACCUUUAGGGGAAUGUUAAACCAGUGCCCCAAUAUAAACAAUUCUGUGAUAAUGGAGGAGGGGAAAAAUCAGAGGAUCUCUUAUCUUUUAACCUGGUAUUUGUCCUUCAAACAACAUCACUAAAACAGAUUAUCUGCUAAUUACCAUUCACACUGAUGGCGAAAAAAAAGACAGGUUUCCCCCGAGAGAAUGAAUUUUAUUCUCUGUCCGUGAAAUGGGAGGGGAAGAGAGGCGUGUGCCGCCUGCAGAUCUCCACCCCAGUCUCAGCCGCCCGGUUUCACUGAAGCUGCCAGAGCGGAGGGGAUGCGAAAGAGUCGGGAGCCGUUUCUGCAGCGAGAAUCCUUAGAAAAUUAGUGGGAGCAACAAAGAUAGAGGCGGAGGGGAUGAAGAAUAAACUGGUUGAAAAGGUGAAUGGCCUGUUUCUUUUGCAAGUAGAUAUUAUGAAGGGUGGAAUUGAAAGGGCUUCUGAAUAAUUGGUUUCCGGCACACACAGCUGGAGCCAGACGGAGCGUUAGAUGAAAUCGCCGUGGACUGUCAACUUGAUACACAACGCACAGCGAAAACGCGUUUUGCAGCCUCUUUUGAACACCAACAUUUUAAUAAUAAGUCCUUCCGCAGAGGAGGACAAAGAUUUCAACUGACGCAGGCACCGACCCCCCAGUACUCGAAGUGUUGGAUCUAUAAUUCACAGGCGUAGGUUGAAAACGAGCAACGUAAAAUGGGCACCGUGUUGUCUCUGUCUCCUAGCUCGAGGAGAUCUAGUUUAUUUGAGGAUGGUACCGAUUCCAAGUCUUUGAAUCACUACCACGCCAUUCAAAGUGCCAAAAACAAUGGUCAGAAGGACAAAAACUUAAAACGUCACUCCAUGUUUAUCCCCGCCUUGACCUGGAAGCGCCUGGUGGCCUCAACCAAGAAGAAAAGCUCCAGGAAGUCCAACCCUAGCCAUUACCACCACCAGAAUGACGUGGUACUCCUCAACAGUGAAAAUGUGAAAAAGUCUCUUUCUUGUGCCAACCUUUCCAGCUAUGAACUCCAGGUACCCACUGACCCUUUGGGCACCAAACAACUCUCCUCCAUCAAGAAGGCCUCCUCUCAUAACAGUGGAGCAGGAUCGCCCAAACGUGUUAUCGUCCAGGCAUCCACCAGUGAGCUGCUGAAGUGUCUGGGAGAGUUCCUCUGCCGUCGGUGCUACAGGGUGAAGCACUUGUCCUCGACGGAUCCUGUUCUUUGGUUGCGCAGUGUCGAUCGCUCCUUAUUGCUUCAAGGUUGGCAGGACCAGGCAUUUGUCACACCAGCCAAUGUGGUCUUUGUCUACUUGCUUUGUAGGGAUGUCAUCGAUGGGGACCAGGUGGCCACCGAGCAUGACUUGCAAGCCACCCUCUUGACCUGCCUGUAUCUCUCCUACUCCUACAUGGGCAACGAGAUCUCCUACCCACUGAAACCCUUUUUAGUAGAGAGUGCCAAGGAUGCUUUUUGGGACCGGUGCCUUCGUAUUAUUAACUCCAUGAGUACCAAAAUGCUGCAGAUCAACGCUGAUCCUCAUUAUUUCACACAGGUCUUUGCGGAUUUGAAAAACGAAGGAAAUCGAGAUGACUUUAGCAGGAAUUCUGUUACUUUGGAUCGGUGACUGAUGGAGAAAACAGCCUCAAUCUGAGAUCUGCCAGUGGGUAAUUCAUUAGAGAGUUGCUGAUAUCUUUGAAUAAUUUGAGUGUCCCUCCUACUGGUUUGUGUAGGAAGCUUCUGUGAUCUCGUGAUGUUUGACAUUGAAAAUGUUAGACCUUUUUGCUUUUAUCAUUGUCUGUGAAAGGGAAAAUUAUCUUCAUUUUCCUUUUUAUAUCUUAAGAAACGAGAUGAAGUACAAGGAAUUAAAAUGGAUAUCUGUGCAAUGCUCUACAAACUUUUCAAAUGGGGACAUAAUGUAAAUAUUUGUCUAGGUAUUCUGUGGAUCUGCCCCUGAUGGUUUUUGGCAUGCCACGUCCCAGUAUUCCUAAAUAAAAUCAGUUAUCCAAAAGAAAAAAAAUACGAAUGCAUAUCAUUAAUUGCAAUUUUUUUUACUUAAUCGAAUAGCAUUACAAGACACCCAAUAUAGAAAACACACACAUAACUGGAUUCACUAGAGAUUUAAGAAGCUGGGGAGGGGGAACUAUAUUUUGGUAAUGGCAGUCUCUCUUUAAACGGCUCCAUUCAGUAUUUAUAUUUUUUAGAAAAUUGGCACAUCACAUUUUUCUAGAAAUUGUUAGAAGUGGAAAGCUGCUAUUUUAUAGUUAGUAUAAUUUCUCUGUACUUAAUGAGGUCAUUGGCUGGUGGAUGUACAUCUUAUUCAUCCUUUAUUGCCUUCAACCUUUGUGGAUUUUGACUACUUUUCCUGUUUUCUCCUCCAUCCUUGUAUGGAUCCACAUACAUACUCCCAAACUUUCCAAAUGAAAUGAAUCUAGUGGAAAAUAACCAGUGAAGCUGUAGGCAAGGAAUCUCAGAUAGACUUCUGUCUAUUAUCGAACCUGGGAGGAGCAAUACAGUUUCCUGUCAAGUGUAUACAAAGUGAAAUCACUUACUGUUAUGAUCACCUCCAAAAUCCAGGGCAUUUAACCACAUGACAUCCCACUUCCAACCACCCAAAGAGCCUUAUUUCCCUCCUGCCUCCACUUUAUUUCAGUAACUAGAUGGAGAGAAAAUGCAUUUUAAAUUCCCCAGUGGAUUUUCUUCCACAUCACUGUAAAAUGUCAGGAGGUUUAACCUUUAAUGCUUGAAAUGUUGGCAACCCAAAAUGCUGAAUCCUACUUUGGGUGAGAAAGAUGAGAGAUGGAGAUAUCAUCAAAAUGAAAAACUGGGAGCUUGUAAAUAACCCAAUUGCCUGUUUUGAUUAUGGUGAAAAAUCCCUCCUCCUAUUAAAAGAUCUAAGUGACGUGCUUCUGAAAUACUGAGUGGUACAUUCUACUAAUAUUACUUGUCUUGUUUACACAAAGAAGUUGCUUGUGGGUCUUAGUAUUUUGGCCCACACUACUGGUACUUUUUUAAAAAUUCAAAGGUAGCAGAACUCCUGUGGAAUAACUCAUAAGAAGCCCAGGGUUUCUGAUAUUUAGCUGCUAUAAUACAUUGGUAUUUAACUGAGCCUAUCAAUUCUGUUCACAUAAAUCCCAUGGAAAAAUAGGUAUCUCCAAGUCUUCAUAGCUUAAAUCACUACUUAUGUUUUGGCUCUUGUUCAAGAGAACCCAGUAUCAGCACUGAAGCAGUCUGCUUUCCUUUUCAUUUGUGAUGCAAGUGUAGCUAAAUAAGAUGGAUGCAUGUUAGAUAGAAAAGUCUCCUCUAGUUUAAAGAUAGCUGGAUCUUCCCUAUGCUUGCUUCCAACCAGAGAUUUACAGCCCUUAUCUGGAGGGUUUGGGAAUGGGAACUGAACAUCUUAGGGAGUGCAAUUAAGGUGUUCACGCAUGAAAAAUAAAAGGGAAAACUACCUUUUGAAAGUUAAUAACAUCACAGGAAAUCUUCUAUAGCCCUUUCACCUUCCAAGAGAUGUCAGUUAAGCCAAUGCUGCUAAUUAAUUUUGGAAUAUCUUAUGUAAAUAUGAUGCUACUGUGAAUGUGAGCAUUUGUAUUGGAAUUUUUUAUUUAAAUUGUUGUCAAUGUAAACUAACUUAAUCAACUUUCUCAAAUCUUUUGUCAGAAUUUGAGAAUAGAUUAUAUUUGUCAAUGUUAUUUAAUUCCGUAUUUUCUUCUGUACUGUGAGUUAGUAAUGUUGCAUGAAAUUUUGAAUUUUGAGAUCUUCCACCUUGAAUGUGUUUGCUCAGAUUGACUGCCAAGACAUGUAUUUUUGUUUUAAAACUUGCUUCUUUGCUUAAACUAUAGCUUCAUUUCUGAAAAUUUAUAUUUAGAAUAUGUGUUCAAGAUGGUGGAGCUUGUAAACCAAAAAAAUGCAUAUGUCAAUCUUGUUUGUUUAUUUUCUGAUUCCAGGUUGGCUGGAAUUAAAAAUUCAUAUGCUGAGAUUCUGAAAUAAAAAUUGGAAGUUCAAAGUAAACCUAUGCACUCCUGAAUGACAAUAAAGGUACCAAUGUCUCAAGGGAUCUGCUGGAAUUAACUUUUACCAGUCUGUUGUUUGCCAAUGCUGUGUAUCAAUAGAGAUGUGUCAUUUUCUUAAUGGAGGCUAAGGGGAGUUGGUGGAAAUCUGUGCCAAAUUUAUAUUAUCAAACUAUUGCCGUAUUUGCAAACCAGUUGUUUACAUCAAAGGAAUGACCUUUGCUUCCCAAAGCAUUGAACCUUUCCCAGGGCAUUUUAAGCCAAUUUCAUUGUUCUAAUCUCCUACCAGUACCCCCCACAUUUUCCUUCACUUUAAUUAUUUAAUCAAUUUGUUUUCUUUAUUUUUUUAAAUUAUUUUCCUUCAAUUAAGUGUCCAAAGCAACACUAAAUAUCCAUUCUUCUUAUCUCAAUCUUUUUCAGCUGUUCACAAAGAGGUUCCUUCUACUCAUUUCUAAUCUCAUUUAUUUUUAGAGUUGUGUCUUCAGUGUAUCCUAGCUCUUCAAUUACAUAAGCCUUCUGCAGUUGUUUCACUUGGGAAGGUCCAGACUUUCUCCAUGCAAUGAAAUAAGAUGAUAUUUAUCUCAAUAGAUAGA